AUGAGCCUAUUCAAGGCGUUCCUCUCUCUAACCAGCAGCAAUGACGGCAGCCACCCUCUCUUCCCAAGGGUAGCCUAUGUGGAGGGUGAUAAUGGUUCGGGGCUCGAUAUUGAUCCUCUGCCGGAGGAGCAUCGCAGGGGUCUGGUGGCUGUUUUCGUCAUGGCCAUUCUCUCUACAGUCGCUACUUUUAUGUUGAUUUCGUUCAUUACUUACAGACUGAUCUUCUGGCGCGGGAGCUACCAACGGUACAUUGGUUACAAUCAGUAUGUCGUUCUCAUUUACAACCUGGUCAUCGCAGAUAUCCAGCAGUCACUCGCUUUCUUGAUAUGCGCCAAGUGGUAUGCGGACAACAAAAUCUCGGCAAAUACGGCAGCCUGCUUUCUUCAGGGAUUCUGGCUCCAAGUCGGAGAUCCAGCAAGUGGAAUUUUUGUGCUCGCUAUCGCUUUCCAUACCUUCUACCUAGUCGCCUUGGGCAAGAAGCUGAGCUACCGAGUCUUUGUUUCAAUUGUGGUCGGCCUUUGGGUGUUCGUUGCAAUCCUUGUCAUAAUCCCGAUUGCGGCUCAUGGGAGACAGGUGUUCACUCCCUCUGGUGCUUGGUGCUGGAUUGACGAGAGCUACGAACCCAUUCGACUUGGCACGCAUUACUUUUGGAUUUUCUUCGCAGAGUUUGGCACGGUUUCCCUAUAUGCUAUUUUAUGGUUUCAACUCCGUCGACGCAUCAAGCAGUCCGCCAUUUUGGGAAGCAGUCAUAUUGAGAGUCUAAGGCGUCUUCGUCGCGUGGUCGGAUACAUGGUUAUAUACCCAAUCGCUUAUAUUAUCCUGUCUCUUCCUCUAGCCGCAGGACGAAUGGCAACCGCACGAGGAGACACUCCGAGCGUCGUCUACUUCUGCGUCUCUGGUGCGCUCAUUACAAGCUCUGGACUAGUUGAUGUCCUACUCUACACGCUCACCCGAAAGAAUCUGAUCAUCGAAUCCGAGCCCAGCUUGGACAAGAGCUAUCAGAAGUUUGCCAGCGGCAAGAACCGACUCAACACCACUACAGACCUGAAGAACAUGCGGACCGACAUUAGCGCUCUACACACGUACAAGGGCAACGACGAAGAAGAGCAAACCCGAGACGGCUCAACGGACGAUAUCGUGAAGAACACCGGCGGCGGUGUCGAGCUGGCUCCUAUAGGAAAAGUGUAUCAGCACACCACCAUCGAGAUCACGUCCGAACCUGCAUAUCCUUCGAAUGGCGACGCCAGUGGCCGAUCAAGUGCCGAUUCUCUACAGCCAACAGGCAAAAUGUCACCAACGGCAAGAAGAUGGGGAAGAUAG